AUGUCUGAAAGCCAUGUGAAGAUCAAUGUCGGUGGUGAGAAGUUCAUCGCUGUGCGUCCCGAUUUGUUCAACGUGGCGGGUGAGAACAAGCUUAGCACGGUGUUCUCUGGCCGCUGGGAGACGUUCUUGGACUCGGAUGGUGCAUAUUUCGUCGACUACUCUCCCGACGUCUUCAUGCCGCUGAUCAAUUGGCUGCGCGAAGUCAGAGACUCCAACCCAGAUGCCACGGUGCCAGUGACGGUGAAGGAUGAGUACAGGAUGGCAUGGGUGAAAAUGAUGAGAGCCUUGUCUUUUGAUCUCAGGAUCCUGAAAGCUGCAGGCAUCAAAUUGGCUGAUUUGUGUAGAGCUGGCUUCUCUGAAGAGGAGUGUAGAGCUGCGCAUUUCCCAGGGGACUACUCCAUUUGGAGAGACGAAAAAGAUGACGCGAUCAUGCCUCCAAGAACAAGAACGACUCGGCCGCCGCAGGCUUUUUUUAUGUGA